AAGAAACCAACCGAACUCCUGAUUCAGAACAUGUACCUGUCCCGAGUUUCCACCCAACCAAAGAUCCACCUUGAUCUCACCGUCAAUCAACAAUGUCCUUCGCCGUCAACUCACCGCCGGCCGUCAGACACUUCCCCCUUUCCCGGUCAUCCGUUUGCCGCACACCACGUGUCACCAUGGUCGCCCGAUCCACCACCGGUGUCUCAGUCUCCACCGCCGCUGCACUCCCUAUAUUAACCAAAUUACAAAACGACUGUUCCACCCCUCUCCCCGUCCUCCGCCACGUCGCUGACGCCAUGGCAACUGAUAUGCGAGCCGGCCUCGCCGUGGAUGGCGGCAGUGAUCUCAAGAUGAUCCUUAGUUAUGUCGAUUCUUUGCCAACUGGGAAUGAGAGAGGGUUGUUCUAUGCAUUGGAUCUUGGUGGAACAAAUUUUCGAGUUCUUAGAACUCAAUUAGGAGGAAAGGAAGAACGAGUGAUAGACACGGAAUUCGAGCAAGUUUCAAUACCACAAGAUAUCAUGUUUGGCACCUCCGAGGAGCUGUUUGAUUUUAUUGCCUCUGCUUUAGCAAAUUUUGUGAAAAAAGAGGGGGGAAAGUUUGUGUUGCAAAAAGACAGAAGUCGAGAAACGGGGUUUACUUUCUCUUUUCCGGUGAAACAAACCUCCAUUGAUUCCGGGAUACUAAUGAAAUGGACUAAAGGUUUUGCAGUCUCGGGAACGCCCGGAAAAGAUAUCGUUGUGUGUUUAAAUGAAGCUAUGGGAAGGCAAGGGCUGAAUAUGCGGGUAUCCGCACUGGUUAAUGAUACGGUAGCAACACUAGCCGGGGCAAGAUACUGGGAUGAUGAUGUCAUGGUUGCGGUUAUUCUCGGGACAGGAACAAAUGCUUGCUAUGUAGAAUCCGUGAAUGCCAUUCCUAAACUACAAGGCCAUAAAUCUAUCUCGGGAAAAACGAUAGUGAAUACAGAGUGGGGAGCGUUCUCAAACGGUCUUCCUUUGACUGAAUUCGAUAGAGAGAUGGAUGCGGAGAGUAUAAACCCCGGUGAGCAGUUAUUUGAAAAGACGAUAUCGGGUAUGUAUCUUGGCGAAAUUGUGAGACGGGUACUUGUGAGGAUGGCUGAAGAAAGUUCGUUAUUUGGAAAGGAUAUUCCUAAAAGACUACGAACUCCUUUCACUCUCGGGACCCCAAAUAUAAGUUCUAUGCAGCAGGACACUUCUGAUGAUCUUGAAGCUGUGGGAUCGAUCCUUUAUGAAGUAACAGGGAUGGAUUCAAAUUUAGAUUCGAGGAAGAUGGUGGUGGAGGUUUGUGACACGAUUGCAAAGCGUGGUGGCCGAUUGGCGGGAGCAGGAAUUGUUGGGAUACUACAAAAGAUGGAGGAGGAUUCAAAGGGUAUUGUGUUUGGAAAACGUACAGUUGUUGCCAUGGAUGGAGGCCUAUAUGAACACCACCCUCAAUACAAGAGAUACCUUAAAGAUGCUGUAAAAGAGCUUUUAGGGCCGGAGAUAUCAAGCAAUGUAGUUAUUGAGCAUUCGAAAGACGGAUCUGGUAUUGGAGCUGCACUCUUAGCGGCUACAAACUCGAUUUACGAACAUUAAUUGUAUAUUGUGAGGGUAAUUAUUGGCCCAAAACUAAAUAUGUAUUGAAUGUAUCUUAUGUGUAAUUUUUAUAAAAAGUCCAAGUUUUGGAGAAUAAAAUAACAUGAUCAAUUGAUAUUAA